AUGGUCGCCGAGCACCUUACCAUCCGCAACAACACCAGCACGCCGAUCGUCCUCAAGCGCAUCGAGCGAUUCGCGGCCCCAGAGCAGAGCAGGGGUGUCGACGAUAUCACCUCACUGGCAAAGAACUUCACGCGCGUCCUCACCAACCAAACCCGCACCGUCGAACCCGUCAAGUCUAUCAACGAUGAUACCAAGCCAUUCGACGAGGUGACGGGCAUUGACCUACGCAUUGAGCCCUUCACAACCAAGAAAACCGAGCGCAAGGCCUUCCUGCAUUCGGACAAGGAGCGCAUGCGCCUGGUCUUCGAGGUCGAUGGCGAGCGACACCAGAUCCAGACGCCUGUCCCUACCACCGAGUCCGCAACAAUGAAGGCCCUGGCCGAGAACCCCAAGCACCGCUUGACAGGCGUGUACAUCACCCCGGAAUCGUACCUAACGAUUUUCUCGUCCGCCAACCUGAAUGCCUGGAUGCGCGAGCUGCGUGAUGAUACUCUUCUCUCCGCCCUCUCCAUCCCUGGCACUCACAACUCGCCCACCUGCCACGUCGCCCCGCCCUCGGUGCGCUGCCAGGCGGUUAGCCCGCGCGAGCAGCUGAGGAACGGCGUGCGCUUCUUCGAUAUUCGUGUGCAGCCGCAGUACCCGGAUCAGCCGGACAAGGACGAGCUGAUUCUCGUGCAUAGCGUCUUCCCCAUUUCGCUGACGGGCAACAAGUACUUCCGCGAUUUGAUGCGUGAGGUCAACGAUUUCCUUGAGCACAACCCUUCUGAAACCCUCAUCAUCUCGCUGAAGCGGGAGGGCCCGGGUAACGCCAAGGACGAACAGCUCGCCAACAUUCUCGCCAAGCACUAUGCCCGUCCCGACAGCCGCUGGUGGGUGCGACCCAAGAUCCCGACUCUGGGCGAGGCCCGUGGCAAGGUCGUUCUCGUUCGCCGGUUCAAUCUGCCUGAUGGAUUGAAGAAGGAGCACGGUGGCAAUGGCUGGGGUAUUGAUGCCGCUGCGUGGGCAGACAACACUCCACACGCAAACUGUCCCAGUGGCCAGCUCUGCAUUCAAGAUUUCUAUGAGGUGCAAGAGACGCUGAACAUUGAGAAGAAGAUUAAGUUUGUCAAUGAGCAAAUUGACCGCGCCGGUCACUGUCACUACCCCUUCGGAGUCCAGCAGACUGCGGAGGAUACCAAGAAAUUCCCUUUCUAUAUCAACUUCCUGAGUGCAAGCAACUUCUGGAAGACUAACACCUGGCCCGAGAAGAUCGCGGCCAAAGUGAAUCCCGCCGCAGUGGAUUACAUCUGUCGCCAGCAGCAGCAAGGUGAUGGUGAUUGCGGUACCGGUAUCCUAGUAACCGACUGGGUCGGCCUAGAUGGGGACUGGGAUCUUGUGCGCUGCAUUGUGGGAAUGAAUGCCAAGCUGCGCCUCAGACAGUGA